AUGAAGUUAAACGAUGAAGGUGAAGCCUUCUUUGUGUUUGAAACAGACGGUUAUGUUCCCGAGUAUCUUCAAACAUCUCCGGUUGUCAGUGCUGUAAGCUCACCGGGCGAAUCACCAAGACUAAAACCAAAUCCAACGAAUGGGGAGGAUUUGGAAUACUUGGAUAUAGGAGAAGGUCUAGCGGAUUCCAAUUUGUUGACACCACAGGGGGGCAAAGCUGAGAAUCACGAUAGUGUUAGUAUUAGCUCAUCUAUCCAGUCAACGAGAAUGGGAAGCAUGUCACCAAUAGAGAGGGCCAGAAGUAUUACUACGAAGUUAAACAUACCUUCUAGAGUCGAAGCAAACGGUGACAUCUUUUUGGAUAUGCAUGGCUACAAGAGUGAUAAGCAGGAUGUACACGACACCGAUGUGUUGGUCAAACAAUUACUCGAGGAGGAGUUUGGUGAAAAUGUCGAUGUUGAUGCCAUGAUGAACACCGAUAUGGAAGGUAACAUCAGGAUUUUGAAUUCAGAAUCCUCCGUUUACGGCUCAUCGAAUUCUCCAAACUCUACAACUUCUGUAGCAUCGCCAACUUCAGCAACCUCAUCAGCAUCAGCAACAUCACCAACUUCAGUUGAUUCCACAACACCUGCAGCUUCGACUGCCUUGUUACCAUCAUCGAUGCCUAGUAACCAAGAUGAGAAUGGAAGCAAUCGUGCCAUUGCACAUGAUAUUACAUCCAUGAGUACCGAAAAUAAGAUCAGCGUACCACCACCGCAGCCUCGAUCUUCAAUUGACGGGCUAAGCACAGUACCAAAAGUAGAAAGUUCAACAGAAGCAACUACCAAGGAAGGGGACAAGGGCAAUAACGAGGACAUGAAUAAGCACAAUGUUCAUUUUAAAACUUUAAGGUUAACUCCGGAGCAGUUAAAGUUCUUAUCAUUGAAUUAUGGAGAAAAUGAUAUUACGUACAGUGUCAACAACGGAAAAUCUGUUGUGACAUGUAAAUUGUUUCUAUGGAAACGAAGUACACCUAUAGUGAUAUCUGAUAUUGAUGGAACUAUCACGAAAUCAGAUGCUUUAGGCCAUGUUUUAACCAUGCUUGGUCGUGACUGGACUCAUGAUGGAGUUGCAAAAUUAUUUGAUGAUAUUGAAUUCAAUGGAUAUAAUAUAAUGUAUCUAACAGCGAGAAGCGUGGGGUUGGCAGAUACUACCAGAUCAUAUCUACAGGGGGUUGAGCAAGGUGGAUAUAAGCUACCUUCGGGGCCUGUUAUUCUAUCGCCGGAUAGGACUAUAGCGGCAUUGAGGAGGGAGAUAGUUUUAAAGAAGCCGGAAGUUUUCAAGAUGGCGUGCUUGAAUGAUAUACGGACCUUGUAUUAUCCUGAUAAAAUUAAUCCAUUAGAUCACGAAAAACAUCAAUUGCUAUAUGAUUUUGAGGAGGAGGCGAAGAACAGUGAAGGGAACGAAGUAGCGAGUGACCUAGGUAGUGAUGAAUUUACCGAUAUAAAUACUAACACGAAUCCACAGCUAGAGAAUAUAUCAAGAGAGGAGGCGAAUCAACUAAAUACUGUUGUCGAUGAGAGUAAUACGCCAUUCUAUGCUGGAUUUGGAAAUAGAAUUACCGAUGCGAUCAGUUACCGUAGUGUAGGGGUCCCCUCGUCGAGGAUAUUUACCAUCAAUCCCGAUGGAGAUGUUAAAAUGGAGUUGUUAGAGAUGGCUGGAUAUAAGAGCAGCUAUGUUUCUAUUGUUGAGUUGGUUGACCAGUUUUUCCCACCCGUUGAAUUGGCGAAUGAAUCGGCCCAUUCACCAAGUGCGGACUCUAAGCUUUCAGGAGUUGGAGGAGUUUGUGGUAAGAACAUGAGUUUGGGGAAUGCUAAGAAUCGAUAUACGGAUUUUAACUAUUGGAGAAGCCCGGACAUUGAUCUCUCUUUAAUAAGUGACAGUGAAAGCGAUGGAGAUUAUAUUUAUGGGUCUGAUAAUAACAAAGGCAACGAUAAGGAGACGAAUGAGGAGAGUAAAGUCGAGACACAGUCCCACGUUGUUGGUGAGAAUCAGGAGAGAGAUGGAGAUGGAGAAGAUGUGAGAAGUAUCGGUAGUCGGUUCAGCAUAUUCCUUAGAUCGCCAUUGUCAUCUCCACGUCGGGAGAAGGGUGGAGAAGAAGCCCGGGAAGCGAACCCUGACGAGGAAGCUCAAACAGCGAUUGCGGAAGAGAAACGUGUUAAUGAUGGCAGGGAGAAUAUACAAGAGAGGUUGGUUCGUGAGAGUGAAUUAUUGAAAGACGGCCAAGAGUGUUAUGACAAGGACGACGAGGACGAUGAGAGUGAUUCCGAUUACAUCUACGAGGCGAGUGACGAGGACGAAGACGAAGAAGACGAAGAAGAGGAAGUGGACGACACUAUAGAGGGAAGCAACGGAGAUAGUCCAUUGUUAGAUCGACGUCCAAGUGUAAGUGCUAGUGUGACGGGGGUUUCUACGGAGACAGUCAAUGGCCGGUUCGUCUAG